UUCUUAUAUAUGAUAAUAUAAUAAUCUUUAAAUUGGAGCAUGAAAAUAUAAAUGACUAAAACAUCAAAAACCUCACUCCCUCUAUCUUCCAUUUCACUCUUUCCUUACAAAACAACAAUGCACCAUCUUCCAACCAACCACCUCCUCCUCCUCCUCCUCUUCACCAUCUUCCACCUCCCAUCCCUCUACUUCUCCGACUGCCGUUCCCAAUGCGGAUCCAUCCCGAUCCACUACCCAUUCAGCAUCGACGACGGUUGCGGAGCCCCACAGUUCCGCAACAUGUUCACAUGCAACAUAUCAUCCACUUCCCUCUUCUUCAUAACCCCAAAUGGAAACUACAAAGUCCAAUCCAUUGACUACAAAACCCAAACACUUACAGUUUACGAUCCGGAUAUGUCUACUUGCACUGUUCUUCAACCCCACCAUGAUAUCCAUCUCUCUGAUAUCCAAUACGCCAUUAUCCCACCUUCUCCUGACACCAUUUUUGCCCUCCUUAACUGCUCAAUAGACUCACCAAUACUACACCGUUUUAGUGAUCUUUGUUUCGAUUUUGCCUCUCAUAAGUGUCAGGAACUCUACUCUUCUUGUAACUCUUUCCGGGUUUUUACUACGGGUCUGGUUAACCCGGGUUUAACCAACAGCACGGGUCCUGCUGGUUACUUUUAUGGUGGGGCCGGGGGAAACAAUUUUAACUAUAACAGUAACAGUACUAGUACUACUGGUUUCAAUACAGGUAAUAUUGCGGGUCCGGGUUUGGUUUCGGGUUCAGGUUCAGAUCCGCCGCCGUGUUGUUUUACAGGGUAUAGUACAGUGAAGGUGAUGAGUAUGGAUAUAUUAGAUUGUACACAUUAUACAAGUUUUUAUGAUGCAGAUAAGUUGAGAGGAGUGAGACCCAUGGAUUGGUCUUAUGGAAUAAAGUUUAGUUACAGUGUGCCGGAUAUGGGUUGUGAAAGGUGUACAAAAUCUGGUGGGAAUUGUGGGUUUGAUGUUCAGACUGAAGCUUUGCUUUGUCUUUGUCCUGGUGCUAACAACUCUACUAGACAAUGUGAUUUUCUGGCAAAAGAAAAGAGCAAAACGUGGAUACACGAGAGAUCUUCAAGCAAUUUAGAGCGGAGAAGCCAUUGAUGAGUGCAAGAGAUUGAAUGCUUGAAAAUGGGUUGAACAGUACACUUGCAUGAGAGAGGUUGACGUUGGAUGAAAAUAUAGUAACUUUUGAAGUUAAGAGUAAAUGAAGGUAUUAACUGUUUAACUAAGCAAACAAGGGUUUACCCAGUUGCUAGUUAAUUUUUCCCUUUGGUUGCAAAUUGACAUCAAAGGUUGGCCAUUAAGGAAUAAAUUAAAUGUAGACCUUUUGUUUGCAUAUGAGUUAAAUAUUAGCCAAUGCAAUUUUUCCUAAGUGAACAUUCAAUCCCUCCAAAUCCCUUUUCUCCUAUUUGUUAUUUGAAUAAGAAAUUUCUCACCUCUCUAAAUCCCUUAUCAGCUAGUCUCUUGAGAGACCGUCUCUUUGAGAGACGUAUAUCAAGCCCAACCCAUUUAAGAUUAAUGCGUACUUACCGCAUUUUUAAUGCCUACUUACAUUAUCCUUAAUGCUUACCUAUUGUAUCCUUAAUGCCUACUUUCAAUAUCUUAAUUGUCUACUUAGAUCAUUCUUAAUGCCUACUUAAAAUAAUUUAAAAAAUAUAUAUGGGCUGGCACAAUGAGAGAUGGUCUCUCAAAGAGAUCAUCUCUCACAAGAAUUUGUGAUCCCUUAUCUUCUUUCCCCUCCAUUUCCUUCCAUCCAAACACACUCUUAAUUUCUCUUUAAAGUGAUUUAUUUACAUAAUUCAAAUACUCUCAUCUAGGCUGAACGAAGUUUGGUCUCAACCGCAAAUCAAACGGACAAACUGUAAUUUUAGUAUUUGGUCUGGUUUACAGUCAAAGCGGUUUGGUUUGUUUGUUUUUUAAAUAUUACGGUUUCUGGUUAGAUUCCGGUUUAUUAUUUUUCAGACUAGACUAGAUUGCAAUCCGUACUAUGACCAAAAGGCAUAAUUUUUUUAAAAAAAAUAAGUUGCUACCUAGAUAUUUCGAGAUGUAGUUGUUUUUGCAGAUAUAUAUUUUUGAAUGAUGUUAAUGCAAUCAACUAAUUACAAAUUAUUUUAUUUGGUGAUUGUAGAUACGAAAUAUUUGCAUAAAUACAUGUAUUAAUUUGGAAAAAAUAAAAAUAAAAAAUCGUAGACCUGACCUGACCAUACCGUUGUAGAACACUUUAAUCCGGUCCGGUCUGGUAAUCUAAACGAUUUGGUCCGAUCUAGAAAACUUUCAAAUCGAAAGUUUUGGUACUAUUAUUUUUUGGAUGAGCUAAAUAUCAACAAAUAAACAAACCAAGACCCAUCUAGUCACUCAGAUAAAUGGUUUUAAAGUGGCUAAGACCG